AUGGCCUCCACAACAGCAACCCCCGAGGCCACUCUACGCCAGAGGAACGUGCCAGCCUCGAGUAAGAAAGCCAAGAAUGGCGUUUCCUCUGAUGUCGAAACCGACAAGGUUCCGGAUGCCGUCGCUCCAGCUAAAUCUGGCUCCGAACUCGAAUAUAAACUUGCUCUUGUCCUCAUCACCGGCUUGGCGUUCCUUACCAGAUUCUGGGGCAUCAGCCAUCCCGAUGAGGUCGUGUUCGACGAAGUCCAUUUUGGAAAGUUCGCGUCCUAUUAUCUCGAGAGAACAUACUUUUUUGAUGUGCACCCUCCCUUUGGCAAGCUUCUCUUUGCCUUCAUGGGCUGGUUGGUCGGCUAUGAUGGCCACUUCCACUUCGAGAACAUUGGCGAUUCCUACAUCCGCAACAAGGUCCCUUAUGUCGCCUUUCGCUCUCUUCCCGCCAUUCUCGGUGCUCUCACCGUCUCGGUUGUCUAUAUGAUCAUGUGGGAGUCGGGUUAUAGCCUUCCAGCUUGUCUGAUUGCCGCCGGUCUUGUCCUCCUCGACAACGCUCACAUUGGCCAGACUCGCCUGAUUCUCCUCGAUGCCACCCUGGUCUUUGCUAUGGCGUGCAGCUUGCUCUGCUAUAUCAAGUUCCACAAGCUGAGGCACGAGCCCUUCUCCAGGAAGUGGUGGAAAUGGCUGAUCCUGACUGGCUUCGCCCUUUCUUGCGAUAUCUCCACCAAGUAUGUCGGCCUCUUCGCCUUCAUCACGAUUGGUUCUGCCGUAUGCAUCGACUUGUGGGAUCUUUUGGACAUCAAGCGUCCCGGUGGCGCUCUGACUCUGCCCCAGUUUGGCAAGCACUUUGCGGCUAGGGCUUUUGGUCUGAUCAUCAUGCCCUUCAUCUUUUACCUCUUCUGGUUCCAAGUUCACUUCUCGAUCCUCACUCGCUCUGGACCUGGCGAUGACUUUAUGACCCCCGAGUUCCAGGAGACCCUCAGUGACAACAUCAUGCUCGCCAACGCCGUCACCAUUGAUUACUAUGACACCAUCAGCAUCAGGCACAAGGAGACCAAGGCCUACCUUCACAGCCACCCGGACAAGUACCCGCUGAGAUAUGACGAUGGCCGUGUGUCGAGCCAGGGUCAACAGGUGACUGGCUACCCUUUCAACGAUACCAACAACUACUGGCAGAUCCUUCCCCCUGGCCCUGACGAUCAGAAGCUCGGUCAUCCCAUCAAGAACCAUGAUCUCGUGAGGCUUCGCCACAUUGUUACGGAUACCAUCCUGCUCUCUCACGAUGUUGCUUCUCCUUACUAUCCUACCAAUCAAGAAUUCACCACCGUCUCCAUUGGAGAUGCCUAUGGCGACCGCGCGGCUGAUACUCUUUUUGAAAUUCGUAUCGAGCAUGGAAAGGCCAACCAGGAAUUCAAAAGUAUUUCCAGCCACUUCAAGCUGAUCCACAACCCGAGCAAGGUUGCCAUGUGGACUCACUCGAAGCCACUCCCAGAAUGGGGUCACAAGCAACAGGAGAUCAACGGCAACAAGCAACUGGCACAGAGCUCCAACGUCUGGCUUGUUGAGGACAUUGUGUCUCUGCCCGCGGAUCACGCGCGCCGUGAGAAGGCUGAGAAGAAGGUCAAGACUCUUCCGUUCCUGCGCAAGUGGUUCGAGCUGCAGCGGUCGAUGUUCUGGCACAACAACCAGCUCACCAGUAGCCAUCCCUAUGCCUCUCUGCCGUACCAGUGGCCUUUCCUAUUGCGUGGCGUGAGCUUCUGGACGCAGAACGAUACUCGCCAGCAGAUCUACUUCCUUGGUAAUCCCAUCGGAUGGUGGCUCGCUAGCAGUGUCUUGGCUAUCUAUGCCGGAAUUGUCCUGGCAGAUCAGUUCUCGCUCCGCCGUGGGCUCGACGCCAUGGAUCGUCGUACCCGAUCCCGCUUGUACAACUCUACUGGUUUCUUCUUCCUCGCCUGGGCAACUCACUACUUCCCCUUCUUCGUCAUGGGCCGUCAGCUCUUCUUGCAUCAUUAUCUACCGGCUCACCUUGCCUCGGCACUUGUUACUGGCUCGGUGGUGGAGUUCCUCUUCAGCACCGACUCAGCGGAGCCUGAGUACCAGCCCAGCAAGUCGGGUAAGAAGGUCGCUCCUACCACCAAGCGCCGCUUGAGUGCCCGCGAGCGUCUUGCUGGCCAGAGCAUGGCUGGCGCCUGGAUCGCGACUGCUGUCAUCAUGGUCCUUGUCGCCUUUGGCUGGUACUUCUUCUUGCCCUUGACCUACGGAUAUCCUGGGUUGACCGCUCCCGAGGUUAACCGGAGGAAGUGGCUGGGCUACGACCUUCACUUCGCCAAGUAG